UUUAGUGCUCAUUGUGUUGUGUCUGCCCUAUUCAGUGAAUCCUUCGCAUUCAUUGCAUGAAGAUACGCAAAUUUUGUUAGGGUCGGAUGUUUCAUUGGUCUAAUUCCGCCUAUCCGAUGCGACUACUCUAAGCAAUGCGGCUAUUGGCUUAUGUGUGGGUGUGAUUGACCCCGUUCAGGGCUUAUCGUCACUGCUCUCAUGGCGGGAUUUUAUACAGUUCCCAUACACGUCUUAGCUGACGUAAUGUUGAGUUACCGCCUUGAAAGGGAACGUUUCCGGUUAAAAUCGUAACCUUGGUUCCCUGAGAGGCGGGAAAAAGACAUUACGUUAGCCGCCAUGGUUGCUGUUUGAUCAGUUGUGCUAGCAUUCAGUCGUGAUUCUGACAUAAUUAUUGCACCCAUGCAUUUUAUACUGCCAGAAGGGUGCUUGUGAGUGGCCGCUAUGCACCCUGUAUGUGCACUUCUGCUGAGCCCACAACAUACAUUGGGAUAUUUAUAUACAUACAUUAGGAUUUUAAAGGGCUAGAAUUUUUUACUUUUAGUUUUUGAUUUUAAACAUUUCAUAUAAAUUCACUCAUGCUUUUAUGUGAGCUCUGUGUGAAACCUUUCAAAAUCAUUUGAUCUCCCAGCUGUAUGUUCCUCUCCCUUGAUGCUGUUAAUCUUGGAAAGACUCAACAAGUCUAGUGUAUAAAAGGCAGCAUGGGUCAUCGCACGUGAGCAUAUGUAGAUUGUGACAGUGAGAAGCAGUUUAGAGCUUUUGGAGAUACAAAUAGCAUGUUACGAAUUCUUUAUGUGGUUAUGCAUAUAUUGCACUUUAUAUGAAAGAACAGAGAAGAAUGCUCUGAUUGGAAUUUGAUGGUUCUUCAUAUUAUUUCCCAAUGAAUCUUACAACAAUGAACCAAAGCGAUGUCUGUCAGGAAUAUUCGUGUCCAGAGAGAUCGGUUUCUUUUUCUGUCUAUGUAAUUCUGUAUGCGGCUGCAGCAGCUGUGUCUCUUCUGACCGUGUGUGGAAACCUGCUGGUCAUCAUCUCUGUUAGUCACUUCAAGCAGCUCCACACACCUGCCAACAUCCUCAUCCUCUCUUUGGCUGUGUCCGAUCUUCUGGUGGGAGUUUUUGUGAUGCCACUGCAUUUGUCUUGGGUCAUUGAGUCAUGUUGGAUUUCUGGACCACUGAUGUGCUCUGCUUUAAAAAUUGUGAAUAGUCAAGCAACAAGCGUGUCUGUUCAUACUGUGGCUCUGAUAGCAAUUGAUCGAUUUUUGGCUUUAAGUUCUCCUUUUCUUUACUCUGAGAAGAUCUCACCCACUGUCACCUGCAUAGCAACUCUAUUUAACUGGCUGUUUUCACUCCUUUAUAACUUUACUCUUCUUUUUGUUAAUGAAAACUUCACUAAUGUCACAUGUCCAAGAAUAUGUAUUGUUAUUGUAGAUGUAGUUUCAUCAUUUAUUGACCUCAUACUUGUGUUUCUUAUGCCUUGUACACUCAUUAUAAUAUUAUACACUCAUGUUUUUGUCAUUGCUAAGAGACAUGCGACUGCUAUAAGAGCUCUUCAGAUUCACAACAGAACAGAAUCCUCCAAAAACAGAGUCAGUGACAAAUCAGAGCUAAAAGCUGCCAUACUGCUGGGGAUUCUGGUCAUUGUAUUUCUUCUGUGUUUACUGCCGUAUUAUAUUUGUACUUUAGUGAUUCCAUACAGUGAUGAUUUGUUUCAUGUCAGAGAUGUUACCGUAACGAUUUUUUUCCUGAACUCCACCAUUAAUCCCAUCAUUUAUGCUUUAUUCUAUCCCUGGUUUCAAAAAAGCUUAAAAUUAAUUUUCACAUUUAAAGUGUUUAUUAACGAUUCAUCCCUGAUGAAUGUGCUUUAACUCACUGAAUGUAAUACACUAUGCUUUUUUUGUCCUGAUCUUUGCCUAUAGGCAAAUGCUUUUGCUGCAUAAUUUUAUUUCGUCAUAUAUUAAACUUGACUGAUAUUGUUUUUAAUUAUGCCAGUAAACUGUAUAACAAUGAUA